AUGCUCCUAGCCACGGCCAAAGAGAGCGUUCGUAGCAGCUGGGGCAUGUUCAGCCCAGUCGAGCGCCGUAACAUCUUCCUAUACAUUCUAGGUAUCACCUUCUACAAGUUCGGCCUCGAGGCCUUCAAUGGCUCUAUCCUCGCCCUCGCUACAAACCGCUACGACUACGACGCCCAGUUGAAUCAUUUGCCGGCCAAGACCUUCGAGCGAGUCGGUCUUCUAAGCGGCCUCAACCAAGCCUGCCAGUGUGUGGGCUCGAUCAUCAUUGCUCCCUUGGUUCGUCGGGCUCCCGCCAGGCUCGUCCUGGUCAUCUCAGUUGUCCUGUUCGGCCUUUUCACCGCUAUCCUCAUGGUCGUGGAUGCGGCCACCGGCGGAACCAUCAUGCCUCCAGAGUUCCGUGGCGAUCACCCAGCAAUGGACUUUCACUACUAUGGAAAAUACAACACCGACGGUAUUAUACCCAUCUACUGUGUAACUGGAGUUGUCUACGGGAUGGUCGAGUUGAUCCGCCGUAUCAUCCCCCGCGACAUCGUCGGCGGAAACAUCCAAAAGCUUCGUCGUCUCGACGCCAUGGUCCACGUAUUCUACGAGAUUUCCGGCACCGCCAGCGCAUUCUGCACCGCUCUCGCCCUCAUCCCGACCCUGGGGAACAACUACUCGUUCAUCAUCACGCCUGUGUUCUUUGCCAUGGCCGGCGCAACGUGGUUCUUCAUCAAGGAGGCAGACACUUUCCAGCCUCCUCCACCUCCACUCAUGGGCAAGCGACCAACCUAUAUCAAGGCAGUGUUUGUCUCCUUCUACCUCUUCGGCGAAUCCAUCUGGACUGGAUGCAAGCUCCUCCUCACCAACCGACGCUUCAUCUGGCUUAUCCCCGGUUACUCCAUUGCCUUCUACGGCCAUCGCUAUCUCGAAAACGGCCUUGCUCCCGCAGUCGCCCGCCGCUACCUCGGCCACUCCGCCUGGGCUAACAUCAUCGUUGGUGGCUCCAACUUGGGCGAAUUGUUCGGUGCUCUUUUCGUCUUCCUCUUUACUAACCUCGUAACCACUCCGAUUCCAUGGGUUCGACUCGAUGCCAUCAUGCUUCUCGGAGUCUGGUACCUUUCUUUCUGGACACCACCAAAGGACCAGGUCAUCUAUGCCUGGAUCAUCGCCGCAACCUUCCUCCCCAUCUCCUUCGGCUGGGCUGCCGGAGACGUCUCUCUUGCAGCUUACAUCCAGGCCGCUCUCGCUCGCCACGAAUCCAAAGCUCAAAACGUUUCCGCCCUCGGCGCCGUCAUGGCUUGCCUUUACACCACCUACAUCGUCACAUACGCCAUUACAUCGCCACUAUUGGGCCAGUACAUCGAUUCGGUAUACAGAAGCACUGGUGGUCGUGACGGAGGCAACAUCCACUCUGCAAUCCACAACGUUGCAGGUGUACAGUACAGCGUAAUGGCUGUCAUAAUAUUCGCCAGUACCUUCAUCCCACAGGGAGCCUGGCGCAUCAACCCCAAGAUGCUAUUCAACCAGAACCUUGACGCCGACCUUGAGGUUACUGAAAUUGGAGAUGGCAUCGACCUGAAGAAGAAGAGCCAUGAGCGAGAAACUUCGCUCAGCACAAAUCCAAGAGAUAGGGAGUCAUGGUGA